CACUGCCAAACGUUUCCCUCGACUCUGCUGCGGGAACCUUUGUUUUACCGCUGUCGGAGCCGGGUGAUGCGCGGACCGGUUCGAAAGGAGCCACCGGGAACGGACCGAGUGGCGGGGCGGAGCGCUUCUCUGCAAUUUGACUAAUUUUGGAUUCGGGGCCUUUUUCGCCUGUCCUGCAUUUCCAGACGUGUCUGUAAGGCGUUAAUGUAAUCCAAAGCCGAGUACUCCGUGGAGGAAUCGUUCUUCUAGGUAUCAAUCCGUUGGUCAGCAUCCAGUAAAACAGAUUGUUCUGGAUGUAAUAAACCAUUGUACACUUCAACUACAUAAAAUUAGGCCAAUAGAAAGGUGUUUGCAAUGGCUGCUGCUGUGAACUUGGAACUUGAUCCCAUUUUUCUGAAAGCACUAGGUUUCUUACAUUCAAAGAGUAAAGAUUCUGCUGAAAAGCUAAAGGCACUGCUUGAUGAAUCCUUGGCUCGGGGCAUUGAUUCAAGUUAUCGUCCAACUCAAAAGGAUGUGGAGCCUCCCAAAAUUUCAAACACAAAAUCUAUUUCUGUUAAACAAGAGCCAAAAACACCAUCCAGUCUUCCUUCUGGUAAUAAUAAUGGCAAAGUCCUUGCAACAGAAAAGGUAAAGAAGGAAGCUGAAAAGAGACCUGCUGAUAAAAUGAAAUCAGAUGUCACUGAAGGAGUUGAUAUUCCAAAGAAACCUAGAUUGGAGAAACCAGAGACACGAUCCUCUCCUAUUACUGUCCAAACAAGCAAGGAUUUAGCUAUGGCUGAUCUUUCUAGUUUUGAGGAGACUAGUGCCGAUGAUUUUGCCAUGGAGAUGGGAUUGGCCUGUGUUGUUUGUAGACAAAUGACAGUGGCAUCUGGUAAUCAAUUAGUAGAGUGUCAAGAGUGCCAUAAUCUCUACCACCAAGAUUGCCAUAAACCCCAGGUGACGGACAAGGAAGUGAAUGACCCUCGCCUGGUGUGGUACUGUGCCCGAUGUACCAGACAAAUGAAAAGAAUGGCUCAAAAAUCUCAGAAACCACCACAGAAACCAGCCCCCACAGUUGUUUCUGUAGCUCCCGCUGUCAAAGAUCCAUUGGUUAAGAAACCAGAAACUAAACUCAAACAAGAAACAACCUUCCAGGCAUUCAAGAGAACAGAAGUAAAGACACCUCCAGUUAUUUCAGGAAAUUCUUCUAGUACCAGUGUUUCCUCUUCAGCAACUAGUGGCCUAAAUGCAUGGCUAGCUUUUGGAGCCAAAACUUCCUCUGCCAGUCCAUCAACAGCAAAAUUGAGUUCAACAACCCAAAACAAUAGUGGAAAACCUGCUACCUCAUCAUCUAACCAGAAGCCUGUGGGUUUGACUGGUCUUGCAACAUCAACCAAAGGUGGAAUAGGUUCCAAAAUAGGUUCUGGUAAUAGUACUACACCCACUGUACCAUUGAAACCCCCUCCACCUCUAACCUUAGGCAAAACUGGCCUUAGUCGUUCAGUUAGUUGUGAUAAUGUCAGCAAAGUAGGUCUUCCCAGUCCCAGUAGUUUAGUUCCAGGAAGUAGCAGCCAAUUAAGUGGAAAUGGAAAUAGUGGUACAUCAGGACCCAGUGCAAGUACUACAAGCAAAACAACUUCAGAAUCCAGCAGCAAUCCUUCAGCAUCCCUUAAAGGUCCAACAUCACAAGAAUCACAACUCAAUGCUAUGAAGCGAUUACAGAUGGUCAAGAGGAAAGCUGCCCAAAAGAAACUCAAGAAGUGAUAUGACUAACCAGGUUUUUAUAUCAUUUUACCCUAAAGAUAAAAAGGUUACUAUUAGGAUAUAAACUAUAAUACACUGUAAUUUAAUAAAAAUCUUGAUUAUCAAAUUUCUAUUGCUUCUUACCUUAAAAUGCUAAAUAUUAUUUAGCAAAAUAUGAAAACUUUUUAAUUUAAAAUUAGUCCUUAACAUUUUUAUUUCAUUUAUUUCCGUAAUCUGUGAAAGUAAUAGUUAGAAUGACUAAUUCUUGAUGAGAACUUCAGAAGAUUGAUAUGGUAUAUGCAAAUUUAAAGAAAAAGAAAUAGCUCAUUUAGCAAAAAACCCAAGAGUUAAUCCUGCUGAAUGUGGUGCCUUGUGAGGUAGCAGGGAUGACCCAAUGUAAAGCUUUCUUGUUCUUUCCCCAAUAUUCUGAGUGCUUCAUGUCAGUUGUCAGCAUCGUUUCAACUGACUUCCUCUCUCCAAUUUUUUCAUCAUUUUUAAAAUUAAUUUUUUUGUAAUUAACAUCCCAUAUUGCUCUAUUGUAUCUUUACCUUUUUUAUCCUCCUUCCAAUUAUUUCAGGAUUUAUUUCUUCCAAUAGAUUUUAAACUCAUGCCCUUUUAAUACAGUGUUUUUCUCUCAUUACCCACUUCCUUCCAUAUUGCCAAUGUAAUAUAUGCACAUAGUAUAUAGCCUAUAAAUUUUGAAUAUUGACUCAUCCUGGUUAUGCACAUUCCUGAGAACUGAGUAAAAUAUCCAUUUCCAAGAGUCUCUGUGAAUGGGAAUUUAUGACUUGUUUACACAGUUUCUUCCUAUACCAUGAAAGAAAAGGAAGUUUUUACUACUCAAAAAUGUUAACAGCAUUUUGCCUAAUCUUAAUUGUUGUUGUUAUUAUUUUGGUACCAGGGUUUGAAGCCAGGGGUACUUAAUCACUGAACCACAUCCCCAACCCUUUUUUCUAUUUUAUUUAGAGACAGGGUCUCACUGGGUUGCUGAGGCUAGCUUUAAACUCAUGAUCCUCCUGCCUCAGACUCCCAAACUACUGGGAUUACAGGUGCGUGCCACCACAUGCAGUACCUAAUCUUAAUUAUAUAAAAUAAGUUUCUAUACAAUGAUUAAUUCUUGACAGUGUUUUGUACAUUUUUAAGUCAAAAAGUACUUAUAAUUUGGAUUUGUUUGUCCCCCAAGGUUUCAAGUGUUGGAAGCUUGAUCCCCAAUAUGGCAAUGUUAGGAGGUGAUAGGAUCUUUAAGGGAAGGAAUCUUAGAAGGAGGUCAUUAGGUCAUUGGAGACACUGUCCUGGGAAAGAAUUGAAGUUCUCAUGAGAGCCCUGAGCUCUCACAGAGUGUGGUGUUAUAUUAUAAAAGCCUGAACCUGACUCCUGAAUCACUCUCUGGUUUCCUAUAUUGUGAAGUAAUCUCUCCCUCUGGCAUGAACUCCAAUCAUGAUGUCAUCCUCCACAAAGUGAUGCAGCCAGGGGAUCUGUUGUGGAAGCCUGUGACAUAAUUUUGGACUUUUAGUCUCCGAAAUUAUGAACUAAAUAAACCCUUUCCUUAUAGAGUUGCCUAGUCUUGGGUAUUACAUUAUAGCAACAGGAAAAAGUAGCCAAUACAGAAGUAUGAAGGCUCUGAAUUGUUGACUUAUAAACUAACAAAUUAUCCUCCCAUAAUUUUACAUGUAUCUUAUGACUUAAGAGAGAAAGUUUUCUGGACCAGAAAAACUAUUAUUCCCAGCAAAAUGUAGCAGCCAUUUAAUAAUCCAUGAAUACCUCAUUUCUUCCAGAAAGUAUAACUCCAGCAAAUGCCUACAUUUACAAGACUGUGAGUAGCAUUGUUUAUCAGCCUUCAUGUGUGCUACGAAAUUUUCAUUCUAUCAACCACUGAUCUCAAACUCUUUUCCUUAAACCGUAGGUUUUUCUAAUUUUAAAAUAUAUUGAUAAAUCUUCUCUGUAAAGAUAAAACUCUUAAAUUGAUUGCUGUUUUUCUAAGGAAAGAUAAUUUUAAACUGUUCUCUUAAAUAAUGGUAGUAAAUUAUUCAUAGUAAAUUAGAAUCAAACAUUAAAAUAAUCCUAUUACAUGUGAAGUAAAUAUCUAUUCAUACAUUAAAAUAUUCCUGCAGAUGACUUUGUUUUGAGAAACAGAUUCCUGUUGAUAAAGCAUCAAUUUGGCCUAAUCUCCAAAUCUCCAUUAGGGUCAAAAAGACAUUUUAAAAAAUCCGUCAUCAUUUGUUUAUAACAGAGAGCCAGUUUGGACAAACUGAACAAAAUGAUGUCACAAGCUCAGCUGAACAAUCAUAACAGUUAAUGUCACUUCUGUACCUGUAGGAAAUUAACACAGUAAUACUUAGUAUAGGUUGCACAUGGGCAUUUGAAAUGAAAAAUUUUAUCCCAUCAUAGAAAAUAUUUGCUGGAUAGAAUUGAGAAGAGAAGCACGUGUUCUAAUUUCUGUUGCACUUCAGAGAAGACUUUAGCAAGUAAUUUAUCUUUCAGUGAAUGUGAUUCUUUGUAUUGACAAUAUAUAUGUGUGUGUAUUUUUAGAAUAUAUGCAUAUGUGUAAUUACACAUCUGAUAAGGCAUAGAAUUCAAUUUGUUGUUUUUAUAAACCUAUACUUGGUAGCAGAGCUUAGCUGUCUCUAGUUCUUAGAACUUAUUUUUGCAUAUCACAGAAUGAGAUAGACUUUUUAAGCUAUGCAGUGAUGAAAGUAAAACUAGUAUUUAUCAUUUUAUUUAUUUUGUUCUAUAUACUUUAUUUCCCCCACUCAAACUUUUUAAAGAUGGGUUUUUUUGUUUGUUGUUUUUAGAUAUACAUGACAGUAAAGUGUAUUUUGACAUUCUAUACAUACAUGG